AUGAAGCUACAGACAGCCUUGCCCGUUGCCGUCGUGGCCUCUGUGGGUGCCGCUCUUGUCUUACCUGACUUGGAGGAGGCAUCUAACACCGUUGCGUUGAAGGUUAAGGACGUCAUCACAGCAGGUGAGUCCAUUGUGUCAUCUUUCAGCAAGCAGAUGACUAAAGAUGCUGCAUCGAAGGGGGAGUCAGUUGAGCUGUCGCCUCUUGUUUCUUCAAGCGGCAAGUACCUGGCAAUUCCACAUCGCUACAUCGUGGUGUUCAAACAGAAUUUGUCGCCCGAGGAGGUCGACUUUCAUAAGCAGAUUGUCUCAGAAGCGCACCUGCAAUCAGUGGCCAAACUCGAAUCUACUCACGAAUUUUUCACGUCCACUGAGAAUUUUGUAGAGGAUAGAGACUUCGAGCUCGACUAUCAGCGUUCCUUCUCCGCUCAGACCCGCGAGGGCGGCAUCCAGGACUCGUUUGACGUCAGCGGUCUUUUGACUGGCUACAUUGGAUAUUUCACAGACGAGAUUGUGGACUUCAUCCGUAUGAACCCACUCGUUGACUUUGUUGAGCAAGACUCGGUUGUUUUCGCUCAGGAGUUCGGCACUCAGAAUGGCGCUCCAUGGGGUUUGUCGCGUAUUUCCCACCGCGAAAAGCUCAAUCUUGGGAGCUUCAACAAAUACUUGUAUGAUGACGAUGCCGGCAAGGGCGUUACUUCGUACGUUAUCGACACAGGUGUUAACGUCGACCACAAGGAUUUUGAAGGAAGAGCUUCUUGGGGCAAGACUAUACCUACAAACGACUUGGACCAAGAUGGUAAUGGACACGGUACACACUGUGCUGGUACUAUUGCCUCGAAACACUAUGGUGUUGCCAAAAACGCUAACGUGGUGGCAGUCAAGGUUUUGAGAUCAAAUGGUUCUGGUAGCAUGUCCGAUGUAGUUAAGGGCGUUGAAUUUGCUGCAAAGUCACACCAAGAUGCCGUUAAGGAAAACAAGAAGGGUUUCAAGGGCUCCACCGCUAAUAUGUCACUAGGUGGCGGAAAGUCACCAGCCUUGGACAUGGCUGUGAACGCAGCUGUUAAGGCGGGCAUCCACUUUGCUGUCGCGGCUGGUAACGAGAACCAGGACGCCUGUAACUCUUCUCCAGCUUCUGCCGAGAAUGCUGUCACUGUCGGCGCCUCAACCCUGGCGGAUGACAGGGCAUACUUUUCCAACUGGGGGAAGUGCGUGGACAUUUUCGCACCGGGCUUGAACGUCCUUUCUACGUACAUCGGCUCCGAUACUGCAACUGCCACUCUGUCAGGUACCUCUAUGGCUUCGCCCCAUGUUGCUGGUUUGCUAACAUACUUCCUCUCUCUCCAGCCAGACUCCGACAGUGAGUACUUCCACGCUGCUGGCGGCAUUACCCCUAGCCAAUUGAAAAAGAAGCUAAUCGCCUACAGUACCAAGAAUGUGCUUGGUGACAUUCCCGACGACACCGUAAACUACCUGAUUUUUAACGGCGGUGGCGAGGGCCUCGAUGAUUUCUGGGGGAAGGAGUCUGUCGUUGAUGAAGUCGAAGACACAAUAUCAUCUGAGAUAGAGUCCUUUAUUGAUGCGUUGGAAGAGAAAACCGAUGUUUUGUACGAGGAAAUUAGGGAAGUUUUCGACCACAUGAACAUUAUUUAA